AUGCGCCCUCCCAGCUCUGUCACUCUUGUGACCGGCCUCCUUUCUGCUGCCUCGGCCGACAUCAUCCCUCGCGCCCUGCCCAAUGCCCCCAAUGGCUACGCCCCAGCCAACGUCUCAUGCCCCCAGAACCGACCGACCAUUCGCAGCGCCGCGACGCUCUCGCACAACGAGUCGUCAUGGCUGGAUCUGCGCCGUAACAAUACCGUGCAGGCCAUGAAGGACUUUUUCGGCCAUGCCACGAUCGACAACUUUGACGCUGUGAGCUACAUCAAUAGAAUCGCCGAUAAUGUUACUAGCCUGCCCAACAUCGGCAUUGCUGUGUCUGGCGGCGGCUAUCGCGCCAUGCUGAGCGGUGCCGGUGCUAUCAAGGCGUUUGAUAGCCGUACGGAGAACAGCACUGGUGCCGGCCAGUUGGGUGGUCUGUUGCAGAGUGCUACGUAUAUUUCUGGUCUGAGUGGGGGCAGUUGGUUGAUGGCCUCGAUUUUCAUCAACAAUUUUACGACUAUAAGUACCUUGCAGGGCGAUGGCGAAGGAGAGGCAUGGCAGCUCGAAAAUUCGAUCCUCAAGGGCCCUGAUGAGGGCGGCUUCCAGUUGCUGGACAGCGCCGAUUACUACAAGACCAUUGCCGAGCAGGUCAACGCCAAGUCGGACGCCGGCUAUGAUAUUACCAUUACAGAUAUCUGGGCACGAAUGCUCUCGUUCCAGUUCAUCAACGCCACAGACGGCGGCCCUAACUAUACCUGGUCGUCCAUCGCGCUCGACCCCAACUUUGCCAAGGGAAACACCCCCAUGCCGCUGGUUGUCGCGGACUUGCGUAACCCCGGCGAGACCAUUCUCGGCAGCAACUCGACUGUCCUCGAAUUCAGCCCGUUUGAGUUUGGCUCGUGGGAUCCGACUGUCUAUGCCUUUGCGCCUCUGCAGUACCUGGGUUCGCCAUUCAGCGGCGGUGUCGUGCCGGCUAACGAGCCAUGCGUUCGCGGUUUUGAUAAUGCCGGAUAUGUGUUUGGUACAUCGUCGACUCUAUUCAACCAGUUCAUCACUUACUUCAACACUUCCUCCGUACCCAGCGUUAUCAGUAACCUGCUCGAAGACGUGGCACACAAGGUUGGAAAGGACAACGAAGACAUUGCCGAAUACAGGAACCCGUUUUACAACUACACCCACAAUGAUGCUCUCUUCUCGAAGUCGCGCCAGCUGAGCGUCGUCGACGGCGGCGAGGACCUGCAAAACGUACCCCUCUACCCACUCAUCCAGCCCGAGCGCAAAGUCGACGUGAUCUUCGCCGUCGACUCCUCUGCUGACACCCAAUACUCGUGGCCCAACGGCACCAGUCUGAUGUACACGUACCAGCGCAGCCUCAACUGGACGGGCAUUGGCAACGGCACUGCGUUCCCAGCCGUGCCCGACCAAAACACUUUUAUCAACUUGGGCCUCAACACGCACCCAACUUUUUUCGGAUGCAACAGCUCCAACGCCACUGGACCCAUGCCCAUUGUCGUCUACCUGCCGAAUUACCCGUAUGUCACCAACUCCAACACCUCGACCUUUGACCUCGAAUACAACAACACGCAGCGUGAUGCCAUGAUUCUCAACUCGUACGACAUGGUGACCAUGGCCAACGGCACGCGCGACAAGAACUGGCCUGCCUGCGUCAGCUGCGCCAUACUCAGCCGUUCGUUUGAGAGAACGAACACGAAGGUGCCGGAUAUCUGCAAUUCUUGUUUCAGUACGUACUGCUGGAACGGCACUGUCAAUAGCACGGCCCCCGGUACCUACGAGCCGACCUUUGACCUGUCGCCGCUCAGUUUGUCGGGCGCUGCGGGGACGUUGAUGUCGCCAGGCGCGGGCCUUUUGGUCGCGGCGGCUGGUCUGGCUACGACGCUGUUGAUGCUGUAG